GUUUUAUGUUUUUAUAUUCUUUGGCUUUAACAUAUUCAUUUGUUUUGUCUUUAGGGUCACCAUGCAUAUCUUUUUUAAAAUUUUUACAUCCUUUUGAAAUAUGUUUAAGGCAUUUCCCCAGGAACCCACCCACACACAUUUGUCAUUUUCUGAGUUAGUUUUCGUAAACAAAACUUCUGUAGACAUUUUCUCAGCAUCAACUAAAGCCUGGAAUAUUAUAAUGAGCUAUUUACAUAGCAGUCUUAAUUGGCUAGUUACAAAGUAUGAAUAUUAAUGAGCUAUUUACAAAGCAGUCUUAUAAAUGCAACUUAAUUGGCUAGUUACAAAGUAUUGUAUCUUUUUGUUAUUUUUUUUUUCAAAAAGCUAUUUACAAUGCACUAUACUAACUAAUAGGUGUGUAACUUAUAAUAAUUAGUUAAAUUAUAAUGACUACUUAAAAAUUAUACAUGGGAUAGAUCUUCGUCUUCACCUAGCGCGUUUUUCUUCCAAUAUUCGUCCCACGCUACUGCUGUUAUGAAGCAAUAUUCUUCUGGGUACACUCUUUGAUUGAACCUGAAUGUAUAAGUUCUGUGUUCUAUUGCCUCUUUUGCUUCUGGUACAUUGACAUAUAGUUCAAUGUUAUAAUUGCUAGCAGUGUAAACUCGGCAAUUAGUAUCGUCUUAUAUAUCGUCUUAUAUCGUCUAUUUUUGUAUUUAACAUCGGUUGUCCUGCUGCUAAUAGUUUCCAUUGUUCGAAUUGGUUCUCUGUUAAUUUGCACUCGUUCAUGAAACAUGCGUUUGUAUGGAUUAAUGAACUAAAAUUGAAUGAUGAUCCCGGACUUAGUCCCGUCAGUCGUUCAUAAUUGUAGUGCAUUUGUACUAGAGACUCCAUAAUCAUAGAUUUUCCUGUGCUCGGUGGUCCCAUGAAGAAUAAAUUGUUUCUCUUUUUUGUCUGUCCGAGAAAAUGUCUUUUUGUAAUAGUUGCAAAUCGUACAUUUGAUAUGUUGUUGUUUGCCAAUAUAUAUUCCAGUGUUGUUACUUACUUGGCUACCGCUCCAACCGUUGUAAUGUCUGGCAAUAGUUUUAUUUGUAGUAGUUUGGCGCGCUCCAUUCGCUGCUCUGGUUGUUCUUGAAAUACCGAAAUUCUGGAUAUUGAUAUUGCUGUUCUGAGUCUUUCUAGAUUUUUUUUUUAUAAACUGGGCGGCAAUCCCUUCAGCUGUUGAACACAAUAGUCUAGUGGCUUCCCCUUCAUCGAAGGCUCUGUGUUCACAUAGGAAUAGAACCAGUUGAUUAUUAGCGUCACUAUAUUCUUUAAAUCGUCCAGAUUUGGGAAUUCCGAGGUUACAAGGUUUUCCUUGUUGUACAUCAGAUUGUGUUUGUAUCGUUCAAGCUCCAUUCUUCGGUCUCGCUUAAGCUCACCGUAAAUUUCAUCGGCCUCAAAAUAGCUUUCCACCAGUUUUUUGUUAGUUUCACGCAAUGUUGGGCUUUGUACUGAAAGAAGACUAUUUCUCCUUUCGAGACUUCCAAUUGUAGUGUUUUUUUUGUUUUCUCUUGUUUGAUUACAAAUUCCCAACGAAUGUUUUGCGGACCGGAAAGCUCUUUUAUCCUCCUCGGUGAGAAUGUUUCUAACGGUCUUAUUCAUAAUCAUUUUUCACAUUUUAUCAAAUGCUUAUUAGAGGUUUAUAAAACGUUUGAUAAAAAUUGUUAUUCAUAAUCGUCAUUUAGCGCUAAAAUCCUCUUAUAACUGUGUGAUAAGUUAUCGAGAGCUCGGGCCUUGUUUAAAGCUCUAAUAAACCUAUUUUAACCUAACUUUUAUAAAUGUCAUUUCAUAUGAAUGUCACUUCGUUGGUUUAUUUAUUCAAAAUAUCCUUGCUGUGAUCCUUGCUUGUGAAAAUGAAUGCUAUAAAUGCAAUUGUGCAUUUAGCCAAUAAUGCCGACCCAGCGCGACGUAGAAAGCUCUACCGCCAACGAAGCAACCCAUUCGAUUUGCGGGACCUAAAUUUUAAAAUAAAAUAUAGGUUCAAUAAGGACACAGUGCGCACCAUCAUAGAUUUGGUGGAAGAUGAUCUGGUUCAGAGCGCUAGAGGUGGUGGCACGUGUCCUGAACUGCAAGUUUUAGUGGCCAUAAGAUGUUGGGGACGUCGUGAGGUACAAGAUGAUGCUGGUGACCUCCAUGGCCUAAGUCAGCCGACAGUGAGCCGGAUAUGCGCCAGAGUCGCGCAUGCAAUCGCGAAUAAGGCAAAUUCCUUCAUCAAAAUGCCUAUCACUAUAGGAGAGCAGGAAAGAAUUAGUGCCAAAUUUAGAGCAAUUAAAAAUUUUCCUGGGGUGAUAGGAGCCAUAGAUUGCACCCACAUUAAAAUUAAAAAAACCGGAGGUGACAUGGCCCAGUACUAUAUUAAUAGAAAAGGCUAUUAUUCCCUGAAUGUUCAGGUUGUCUGUGAUGCUGACCUCAAAAUAAUGGAUAUAGUGGCUAGAUGGCGAGGCAGUACACAUGACAGUCGAAUUUUUAUGGAGAGCAAUAUAAAACAACGAUUUGAGGAUAGGCAGUUUAGAGGACGCCUUAUUGGCGAUUCGGGCUACCCUCUUCUGCCAUAUCUAUUUACACCUAUUUUAAGGCCUAGUCGUCCAGAAGAAGAAGCAUACAAUAAUGCUCACAUCUCAACUAGGAACACUGUUGAAAGGUGUUUUGGGGUGUGGAAGCAGCGGUUCCAAUGCCUACUCCAUGGCUUACCAGUAAGCCUCCAAAAUGGAAAAGCUGUGAUCAUAGCAUUGGCUGUAUUACAUAAUAUAGCCAUUGAUAUGAAUGACACAUUGUUAGAACAACAUAUGGAGCAGGUCCCUGUAACUCCGCAACUUUCGACGGAGAACAGUGUUCACGACAACCGACCUUCAUUGUUGAGGCGUAGGUCGCAGUUGAUACUACAAAAUUUUAUAAAUCAACAUUUUUGAAUGAUACUGUUCCUGGCAUCUUAAUGAAAAUAAAAAGAAUAUUUGAUUGAAAAA